AUGGAGCUUGUCCCUAAAACAAAGUACACACACUUUCGAAGUGAAUCGCUCAGCUCGACUGAUGAAACAAAUUCCAAUCCAUCUUCCUUCCCUCCUUCCACUCCUGCCACUCCUCUCACUCCCUCUCCUUGCUUACCUUCCUCCCUCUCCUCCUCUUCUCUCACCCCCAUCUUGCCCCCAUCUUCUCCCCGACCACCCGAGAACAGCCCCACCACCCUAUGCUCCUUCUUCCCAAGGAUGGGCUCCUUGCGCCUUGGCGUCUCUGCCACUCUGCUUCCAGGACUCAAGGCCUCCAGUAGGCCACCACAGACCCGCGCUCCUGUCGAGUCCCCCAUCGAUGACGGGAGCAGCUCAAGUUCCUCCCCUCCGCUGCAUCAUCCGCUCCCCCCUUUAACCGCUCCUUCUCCCCCUCCUCGACCACCCCUACAGGACAUGAACCGGCUGGGUGGGGCGUCCAGGAGGGCACGUGUAGAAGGUGCUCAACUCGGUGGAGAUGAGUGGACGCGGCAUGGCUCCUUCGUCAACAAGCCCACCCGUGGGUGGCUGCACUCCGACAACGUGGUCAGCACCACUGGUGUAUCCUACUCUGUGCGGUAUAUGGGUUGCGUAGAGGUGCUACAAUCAAUGCGAGCGCUUGACUUUAACACCAGAACUCAGGUCACCAGGGAGGCCAUCUCAGUGGUGUGUGAGGCAGUGCCUGGAGCCAAAGGGGCCCAGCGAAGAAGAAAGCCUUCCUCACGCUGUCUCACAUCUAUUCUGGGCAAGAGCAACCUGCAGUUUGCUGGCAUGACAAUCAGCCUCACUAUCUCCACCAGCAGCCUCAACCUGCUGGCAUCUGACUGCAAGCAGAUAAUCGCCAAUCAUCACAUGCAGUCCAUCUCCUUCGCAUCUGGAGGAGACCCAGACACAGCUGAGUACGUAGCGUAUGUGGCCAAAGACCCAGUCAACCAGAGAGCAUGUCAUAUUCUCGAAUGCUCUGAGGGUUUAGCCCAGGAAGUCAUCAGCACCAUCGGCCAGGCCUUUGAACUGCGCUUCAAACAGUACUUAAAGAACCCACCUAAACUAGUCACACCGCAUGACAGAAUGGCUCCAUUUGAUGGCUCUGCAUGGGAGGAAGAGGACGACGAGGCAGCUCUCCUGCCUGAUGUCCCUUAUUAUAACAACUUCCCCGGUAAACAGCCUCCCCCUGGUGGUUUGGUUGACAUGAGACCACGUCCGGGAGCAACAUUGCCUUAUGGACAGCCGGGUCAAAAUGACAUUCACAAGCAGCCAUUGCCUCCUCUGCCAGUGGGUGCCAAGGAAGGAGGGCGAGAGUUAUUUGAUGACCCCUCUUACGUCAAUGUGGAUAAGCCCCGCCCGCCAGUCGCCGCCAAUGGAAACGCUCAUAGAGAUGCGUUUGACAUGAAGCCAUUUGAUGAUGCCCUUGGGGGCUCCAUGACAGCAGCGCCACCUCUGAUGGAGCAGCUACAGUGCGAGACCUGGUUCCAUGGCAGUUUAAGUCGCAGGGAGGCGGAGAAGCUGCUGGGCCGUGACGGAGAUUUUCUGGUGCGCGAGUCGGGAACAACGCCAGGACAGUACGUCCUCACGGGACAACAGGGCGGACAGCCCAAACACCUGCUCCUCGUCGACCCAGAGGGAGUGGUCCGUACAAAAGAUCAUCGGUUCGAGAGCGUGAGUCACCUUAUCAGCUACCACAUGGACAACAGACUCCCCAUCGUGUCAGCGGGAAGUGAAGUGUGUCUGCAACAGCCAGUGGAACGUAGAGCCUAA